GCCUCUUCCAGAAAAAUGCAAGUGUCUAAGUCACAAGAUGUCUCAGAUGAGGAGUUCGAAGAUCCAAACCAGAUGAAGAUUCGAUGUCCCUGUGGAAGCUCAUCACAAACUGAACCAAUAAUUCAGUGUGAAGAUAGAAGAUGCCGCGCAUGGCAACAUGUAGAUUGUGUCAUUAUUCCAGAAACGACCAUCGAGGGAGUUGCUCAGCAAAAUACUCCUGAAACUUUUUAUUGCGAAUUGUGCAGAUUGAGUCACGCAGACCCAUUCUGGGAGACGAUUGAUAACCCUUUAUAUCCCGUGAAGUUUGGUUUUACUAGUGCUCCAGCAGAAGGCAUAAACAUUGAACAGAAGAUUGAAAAAACAUUCCAACUCGGUAGAGCCAGCAGAUACCUAUUGGCAAAACAGGAAUAUGAUCUUCAGGCUUGGUGCAUGCUUCUUAAUGACAAGGUACAAUUUAGGAUGCAAUGGCCUCAGAAUGUUGAUUUGCAGGUCAACGGAGUUCCAGUGAAUUGCAUAGAUAGAAGUGGCUCACAAUUGUUGGGUGCAAAUGACCGCGAUGAUGGCGUGAUAAUCACACGUUGCUUCAGAGAUGGAAUUAACAAAAUAUUAUUAACCGGAUGUGAUGCUCGUGCAUUCUGCAUAGGGGUUAGACUUGUAGAGCGACGUACUAUCCAACAGAUUCUAAACAUGAUCCCUAAGGAGGCUGAUGGUGAGACAUAUGAAGGUGCUCUUGCUCGCGUUUGUCGUUGCAUUGGGGGUCGUACAGCAACUGAAAAUGCUGACAAUGAUUGUGACCUUGAAGCUGUUGUUGCUGGUUUUGUUCCUGUCAAUCUUCGAUGCCCUCUGAGUGGUUCAAGAAUGAAAAUUGCUGGAAGAUUCAGACCUUGUUUACAUAUGGGAUGCUUUGAUCUUCAAGUAUUUAUUGAAUUGAACCAAAAGUCUAGGAAGGCAAGCGUUCUAUCAACUCAAUUCAGAUUCUUUUUUUAUACUAUGUUUUUGUAUGCGGUGAUAUAUAUUUAGUAACAAAUGUUGUUCGUUUCAUGUAGUGGCAAUGCCCUAUCUGUUUCAAUAACUACUCUCUGGAGCAUCUCAUUAUUGAUCCAUAUUUCAAUCGGGUCACUUCUCAGAUGCAAACUUGUGGAGAAUUGGUGACAGAAAUAGAAGUGAAACCUGAUGGUUCUUGGCGUGCGAAGGCAGAAGGAUAUCUGAGACAGUGGCACUUACCUCAUUGAAUCUCAGGACCCAAGCUUGGAUUUCUUUAUAUAUACUUUGAAAUAGGAUCCAUGCCAGCACAGUUCAAUACAUGUUUGAAAAGUCUAUUAAAUUUUUAUAUGUUUUCAAAGAA